UUAAACGCCAUUUUGAUUGUCAAAAAAAUAACAUAAAUAACCACAGAAAUCUUAAAAACUCUUUUGUGCUUAGUGUUUGUGGUACAUAUAAAAUUGAUUUUAUAAUUAAUUUUAAUAUUAUUCACAAGAAUGACAACAGCAGCUCGACCUACAUUUGAUCCAGCACGAGGAGGUCAAGGACGUGGUGAAAAAGAUUUAAGUGCCAUAUCGCGACAAUAUUCAAGCAGAGAUUUACCAGGACACACCAAAUUAAAGUUUCGGGAACAUGGACAAGGUACAGUUGAAGAAACACGUAGCCGUGAUUUUCGUAAAGAGCUAGAAGAACGGGAACGUGAAAAGGAUAAGAAAAGUGGUAGCAGCAACGCAAGUAACCGACCAGAGCAUGCAAAACGUUUAAAAUUAGAUCAAGUACCAGCUGCAAGUUUAGAUGCAGAUGAUCCUUUAGACGAAGAUGAUUCUGACUCAGAUAGUGACGAUGAUGCAGCUGCAUUAAUGGAAGAAUUAGCAAAAAUUAAAAAAGAACGUGCAGCUGAACAAGCUAAAAAAGAAUUAGAACGUAAACAAGAAGAGGAACGUAUUCGUAUGGAAAAUAUUUUAAGUGGUAAUCCACUGUUAACACAUUAUUCAGCUGGUGAUCCAAAAACGAAUCUGAAAGUGAAACGACGUUGGGAUGAUGAUGUUGUUUUUAAAAAUUGUGCACGAGCUGAACCUGAAAAACGAACAAAUUCAUUUAUAAACGAUUCAUUACGAUCAGAUUUUCAUCGAAAAUUUAUGGAAAAAUAUGUGAAAUAGAUUUU